UGAUAUGCCCAUCUAUUUUCGCGCAAUUCAAACCAGUAACAACAAGCCACAGUGAAGAGGAAAUAACUGAUGGAGUGAGUUAUGUUCUAACCACCAACCAUCUUAGUAAACCCAUCUGCUAUCUCAUGGCGUUGUAGCUAUAAGUGUAGGUUAUUAGUUAUUUUUUUAUACUGCAUAGAACACAUGACAUUUUUACAAGCACGUAACAAUUAACUUUCCUUUCUUUUAUAUACGACCAUACUCCGUUUUCCGCAUCAUCAUCAUCCGUUAAACAACAAGCCUACCAAUCCAAUAGACACCCGUAACUUUUAUACCGACAGUUCGAAACUGAAGCGCACUCUACUGAUAGCCGGCUAAGUGGUGUGACAACGCUACUACAAGCGUAGUGCAAACAGACACUCCAAAUUUGCCACCUUGUGUCAACGAACGUUUGCACCAACCAAUCGUUCCAAAACAUUUGAAAAAUGUUUGCAUAAUUACUAUUCCAUCCUGCCCCUCUCACUCAAAAACAAAGGCCUUUAAUGCAACACUUUGAAAUUAACAGCACGAAUUGGCACUACGAAUACAACUAAGACACAAAACACGUCGAAACUGAUUCCUCUAACUGACAAUGGGGCGAAGUAACUACUUGAAAAGAACUGAGAAAAGCAAAGAAAAAAUAUUACUCUUUAUAUCUAAAUACACAAUAAAAAGGCCUCCUCGUACCUCGUAGCAGCUCAGUAGACAACGUAUCUAGCAGAAUUUGUUACUUUUGCGUGAGAAAAAGUUUAUCCACGGUGGCCACGUUACGGCCAAAGGAUUGUUACGAACUAAGAUCUCUACCAUUUCCACCCGUUGUUGCUAGAUACUGUUCCAAUUUUUAAAGAAAUAUUCCUCGAUCAUCAUUGUUUCAUCUAUCUCGUUCGCCCGUUUGUGCGUUUCUGCUCUCUUUAAGAUAUUGACUUUGUGCAGCGGCAACAAAGUAAAACAAAACCGAAACCAAACGCUAAAAGGCAAAGCCCCCUGCAUUGUAAACGGCACAAAUGAGCAUUUCAGAAAAAAAUCAUCCAUCACAGUAUGGUAAAUGUUGUUAAUAAUAAAAAAGGAAGGAAAAUUUACAAACGAAUGAAACCCGCUAACCGAAGAAAUCUUGCAAGGAACGAAGAGGAAGAAACUAACAGAAGUUUAAACAGUUUCACACCUUGCUGUGUACUAUGCUAAGCGAAGUACGCCAGCACCUCUUACAUGCAACUAUGCUAAUCCUCAAGCAGCAGCGGUCUGGAGUAUGGCGAGAAUUAUGUUUGUAAAACAGUUUUUUUACUAAAAUAACUGUAACAAUCAACGGUUUUACUAUCAAACCUCACCCUAAAGAAAGUACUCUCCUAGCGUGACAGCCGUGACGCAAAAGCAGCAUCUUGGCCACGACAGGAGCACUUCUCUCACUUCCCUCGCGUUACGUUGGGCCACAGAUCUUCCCUUGGCAGGACUCGCUGUGACGGGGAAUUGGUGACCCUCCAUGCCUUAUCUGCGACCGCAUUUCAUUAAAAAAAAAUGUGUGACCGACUCACAAUUCCUUUCCAUAUGUUUUGGCGAUUGCUUCAGCGCACAUGAAGCAUUGAAGACCUAGACCUUUCACUAUCAGGCACAAGAGCGAUGCGCGCUGUAAAAACACAAAACACCAAAACAUCGCCAGCUUAGGUCUAUGUUUGAUAACAUAGGACUGUCCUCGUGCGAUGCUUGACACACUCCUCCUUGCGCCACUCCGCCAGAAUCGAUCGCACGAUCAUUUAAAAACCGUACCGGUUGAUCAACGACCUAGCCAGUUGUACGGUGAUCGUCAUUCGAAAAAGCGUCCGCAUUCAAAUAAUCACUCGCUAAGCCAUCAUGAAGCUGCUGUUCCUGUUGAGUUUCCUACUGUGCGCGAUGUUCGCCGCCGCCGCAGAGUACGCCUGCCCGGCAUGUCCGGCCAACUACCUGCCAGUUUGUGGCACCGACGGCAAAACCUACGCGAACGAGUGCGCGCUUGUGUGCACGGUUGGACAGAAAGGUGUUAAGGUGGCACGUUCUGGAACUUGUUAGAUCCGUUUCCGCUCAAGAAGUCAACCACAACGAGAACACAUACUAUCCCGAUGACCGGAAACAAUAUUAAUAGUCUCAGUCGUGCAGCAGAAACGGGAUGUUUUUUUUCGUUGAAUAAAACGUUUUAAAGCACUAAAAUAAAACAUUGUGAGCCAUUCUUAUGUUACGCAAUCGUGUAGAGCUAAGCUCUUCGAAUAAAGACUUAAGUAAACCAUGAUAACUCAUCUUGAACCACUCCUCGGUCAACUGAUUAGCGAUUGCCAGAUUGCUGGCCAGAUCACAAACACGAACUCGACCAAUAGUAGAGAGGGAAUACGAGAAAGAAAGUAGUUACUCUUAAGCAUGCUCGCCGAGAUCUAUAACGAUGCUGCCUUGCCGUAAGAGAUGUACAAUGAAUGUUGUUAGAAUCCUUAAGUCCUUAAAAUGAAUGUUGAGAUUACUUCUACUGUCAUUAUACCCAUGCCCCAGGCUGGCUCUGUGUGCGACUAUAGUAAUGUAAGGUGCGAACAUGAACCUUAAUCUAAUGCGCAAGCCUUUCAGUUUUCACUGUUCAUUAGUUUCCUUAUUACCACAGAUGGUAGCAGACGGACAGUCAAAACACGGCGGAUAGACGAGGGAUUCUAUGCUAGAAAUGCAAACACUAGACACUAGACACACAUACAUCACUAAAACGAACACAUUUUUUCAAACAUGUCUGAUGGAGGGACCAGUCUUUUAAGUUUCGCCAUUGCUCAUACCGCACCAACAAUCAUCAAUGCAGUUCAACAAGGAGCCAACAUUUGUCGCUCCAAUGUAUUCACGCUGAUCCGGAAUCUAUUUUCUACCGAUGGAUCACCGCAUGCUUCAUAAGAGGCAUCGCAAAUGCUUACCAUCCUUAUUUUAAAAUCUUUAUACUUGCUCAAUGGCAUGACUAAAUAUUUUAAUGUGCUCAGAUCUUUUCCUGGAAGAAAAUCAUUCGUUAUGUGAACCACCAAAUAGUGAAUCACAAACAUAGCUUGGAUUGUUAAAAAAGCCCAUUAGGGAAAACACUUCACUUGGCAAAAGUAAACCCAGUUUGGAUCUUGUAUUAGCAACUAUCGAUGAUUCCUCUGAUCAUUUUCAUAAUACGAUCGCGUUUUAUCCAGAUUCUAAACACUGAUUCCCUUUCCAUUUUGGAUGUUGAGUGCGAGGCACAUUCGGGACAUUUUUAAUGCCAAUGAGCAAUGGUGACGUAGCUUAGCAGUAAGGUACCAUUAUCAGCUGAAAUUGGGAUCAUAGCUUUAUUAAAGAUAGGAUUAGUGCAGAGCAGGCAGGUUGUGUUGGUGGAAAUUGGUGCUUCAGAUACACAGGGGGCACAACAGCAGUUGGAGCUGAUUCUGGCCAUCAAAAGAAGUGAUCGCCUGGCACAAUUGGCACAAUCAUUCAUACCAAACGUUGGCCGCCGAAAGAGAAGAGUUUGUACCGAGCGACCCAAAACACAUGUAAAUAGGAUCGAUACUCUAUAUCUCUCUCUCUCUUUGUCAAAUGCACUCUUCCGGGUGCCAGAGGCGCCAUGGAAGGCGACACAUAUUGCUUAUCCCGGUGUCACCAAUUACGAAAUAAUAAUAUUAACAAACCAUCAAACAUUUCCACUAGCACAAACACUAAAUUCUUUGCGUACCGUACAAGGGAACUGUAAUUGUAGAGAUGUGGACGUGUCUACGUUCAAUAUCAAGAUACAGAUAUUGUCCUUCUCCUGAAUGUUCUUGUGUCCAGAUGAUAACAAAGGAAAGGAGUAUGUAAAUACAUAGAGUAACAACGUAAGAAAGAAACAAAUAUUUUAGAUACAAACUAGAAAUCUAUCUCGCCCCGGACUAGAGCCGCAGUUGAGGGGUGGAACGUUCUGUCCUUCGUAAGAAAAUCACUAGCUGUUAUAUGCUAGCGCAAGAUGAAGAAAAUUAAGUAUAUAGUAAAAGUGAAACCAUGUCACCCCGCUGGUAGGGAUUUAUGUGCUAGAGUGCGAGAUCGCGUAAACUAAACAGACUAUCCGCACUCAUACUAGCAGAGAGCAAACCACAUAAUAUAAUGUUGAAAUGCAUUGUAUAUGCCAGAUGACUAGAUUAGUAAAGAAAUGAUGAGAGGAAGACUUGUGAAUAAGAAAGUGGAAACGCAAACAACAAUACAUGUAAACGAAACUAAUACUGAUGUGAAUAGACAAAACAAAUAAAAUGCACCAAACUAAGGGCCGACUACUACAGCAGGCUAGAUACCAGAGUUCAACGUUAGAACCGGAAGCCAUGCUUGCCGGAAGCGAUUCUAUGAUUGAAGGCAGCCGAAAGGAUACUCUUGCUUCAGUGGAAAUAUGAUGAAAUGAUAGUUUAAAGUAUCCGGGCGUAGAGAACCGAAAGGGGUUCAAAUCAAUUUGAUAUUUCUUGCUAGAGCCCUAGGGAUUGUGUGUGUUAGUAAUUUGGACCAUCUGAGAGACCGAUUUGUCUAUUGAAUACAGAGAGGAGGGAGUGAGGUUUUGUCUUUCCUCACGAGCAAAGAUUUCAUCAAAUGAUUAUGCACUAUAGCAUCGGUCAAGUAGCGACAGCAACACAUCGUACACACUGCAGUAGGCUCAACGGAGGCAACCCAUUCAAAUACUAGUGGCAUUCAUUGCAAUAGCACUCACUAUGCCUCAUCGCAUCAAUCCAAAACAAUUGAGCUGAAUUAGGCGGAACAAAGAAUCCUAACUGAACUUUAAACUUUCAUCGUUAUAAGCAUAAAUUACGAAGCAGCAGAAGUAGUAGGAGGCUUGCUGUUUAUGUACCUAUGGUACUUAAGCUAGGAAGGGUCGGCAGGUAUGAGCUGCACAUUAUUCUAAAACCACAUCCAAGGAAAAGCUUUGUGCAAUCUUCUGCUUCAAAAAAAAAAAAGAAGCCGUUUGGAAGAGUGGAAACUUCACUGAACAAAUCUAGACUAUCAUGAACUCUGUACAUAUUUUGAAUACUUUAUA